AUGUCGGUUACUGAGUUCGAAUAUAAAACUGGCCUUUCAGCUCUUCGUUUAACAAAUUCAAGUGGUUCUGCAUCUGUCGAAGUAUUAUUAUAUGGUGCACAUGUUCUUUCAUGGACCGUACAUAAUAAACAAAUCUUGUUUCUUAGUGAUAAAGCUAUAUUUGAACGAGGAAAGGCUAUUCGUGGUGGUAUACCUAUUGUAUGGCCUCAGUUUGGACCUGGUCCAUUACCACAACAUGGUUUUGCUCGUGUCAAAACAUGGCAAUUAGGAAAAACAAAUACAAAUAAUGAUGUUAGCAUCGAAUUACAUCUUUCACAUGAUGAAGAUACAUUGAAAAUAUGGCCACAUAAAUUCAAUUUAACAAUUACUAUUCGUUUGAGUGAAAAAUCAUUUAGUCAAGAAUUAACUGUUCACAAUCAAGAUGAUCAAACAUUCGAAUUUACUGCAUUAUUUCAUACAUAUUUUACUGUUGAUAAUAUAAAAACAACGAAAAUAUCUGGUUUAAAUAAUGUUACUUAUAUGGAUAAAGUCGAUGAAGGUAAAACGAAAACAGAAACCAAUAAAGUUAUCGAAUUUACGGGCGAAACUGAUCGUGUCUAUAAAAAUGGUGGUAAAAAUAGUAAUCCUAUUCUUAUUGAUGAUUAUAUUCAAGUAAUUGGUUCAAGUACAAUGUCCGACAUUGUCGUAUGGAAUCCUUGGGAAGAAAAAGCCAAAGGAGCUGUUGAUAUUGGUGAACAUAAUUUUCCAAAAUUUGUUUGUAUUGAAGUUGGUCAUGUCAAUGAUGCUGUCAAAUUAGACAAGGAUCAAUUAUGGAAAGGAUCACAGGAAAUAACGUUAUUAAAAUAA